AUGAGUUCUGACAAAAAGGAAUACCAACCAGAUGAUGUCGCGAAUGACAUUGAAGAAAUCGAGCUAGCUGAGCCUUUGAAGUCCAAUUAUCAGACCGACCUGAGCAGUAUCGAGUCCACCGCUGCCUCAAAGACUGCCUGGCUGAUCUCGAUCGUUGUUUCCAUCGGGGGUCUACUAUUUGGCUACGAUACAGGUUACAUUUCCGCGGUUCUGGUCACCAUCAAUGAUUCACUGGGUCAUGUACUCAGCUCCAGUGAACAGGAGAUGGUGACGUCCUUGACAAGCGGUGGUGCGCUCGUUGGAGCAGUUGGGGCAGGUCUUACAGCUGAUCGAUUUGGUCGCCGAUGGCCUAUCUGGGGGGCCUGUUUGACCUUCGUUGUUGGCACCGCUCUCCAGACAUGCGCGUUUUCUGUCGGCCAGUUUGCGACGGGGAGAUUCGUCGUUGGCCUUGGAGUAGGGAGUGCCUCCAUGAUUGUGCCUAUGUAUAUUGGUGAAAUAGCGCCAGCACAGUAUCGUGGCCGCAUGGUGGCAUUCAACAACAUGAGUGUCACCUUUGGGCAGCUUCUUGCCAGUUCGGUGGGUGCUGGGCUUGCUCAUGUAAAAGGUGAAGGGUGGCGUGCCACCGUCGGCAUCGGUGCAGCCCCAGCGCUCGCACUUGCUGGACUCCUUUUUAUCUGUCCUGAGUCACCUCGCCAGCUGGUUUCUCAUGGUGAUAUAGACGCUGCAGUUGCCGUUCUUCGGCGUAUAUAUCCAAAGUCCACAGCUGAACAACGUCAGUCCAAGAUCAGAUCCAUCGAAAUUUCUCUCCAAGAGGCAACGGAAGCCAUGACCAAGGAGUCGCUAUGGACUACCUUCAAGCGAGUUUUCACCACUCCUUCUACCGCCCGUGCGACGGCAACAGCCUGCAUCAUAAUGGCCAUUAGUCAAUUGGGAGGGUUUAAUACUUUGAUGUACUAUGCCGCCACGCUAUUCUCGAUCGUUGGAUUCGACAACCCGACAGCUGUCGGGAUCACUGUUUCCGCCACCAACUUCAUCUUUUCAUUUGUCAGUUUGUUCCUCGUCGAUAAAUUUGGCCGGCGAAUCAUUCUCUCCAUAACUGUGCUAGGGAUGGCGAUAUGCAUGAUCGUUGCAGCCAUCGCAUUCAACUAUAUUCCGGUAGAUACCACGACUUUGGAACUAACAACUUCCCACGUUGGUUGGCCUGGAACCCUGGUUCUCGUUGCGGUAAUAUGUUACGUGGCAUGCUUCUCCUCGGGCGUUGCUACUAUUUCCUGGAUUGGGACGGAAUUGAUUCCCCUAGAGGUGCGAGCGAUAGGCACUAUGCUGAAUACCGUCACUUGCUGGAGCACCAAUAUCAUCAUCUCGUCCACUUUCCUCUCAAUGAUGAAAAGUUGGACGCCCAGUGGGGCUUUUGGGUUCUACUCAGGCAUCUGCUUCUUUGGGUGGGUAUUCGUCAUAUUCUUCUAUCCUGAGUGUAAGGGAAUGCCCUUGGAAGCGAUCAGAGAUGUAUUUAGGGAUGGAUUUGGUGUCAAAUAUUCGAAGCAGUGGCAGAAGGAGCACAAAGACGAUGUCAAAGUCCAGACUCUGGUUUUGGGGCAUUAG